AGGACUGUCGCCCCUUCUAUAGAAUACCUGUAUCCAUACCUUAUUAUUAACCCCAUUGUAACUCGUGUACAUAGUCAUAGAGACGGUCUUUCUACUUCGCAUUCCUCGAUCUAUACCAAUAUGCAUAUGAAUGGUGGACUUGAUAAACGAGACUGAUGUAGUAACGGGUUAAAGGGUCUAGUUUCUUCAGUCGACAAGACGCAAGGUUUGUUAAGUCAGUGUACAGUAUUUUUUCUUAAUUUGACGUGAUUACGUAAAUGAAUAAGACGGAACAUUAUGAAUUGUGAUACUUGGAUAAUUGUUUAUCUAUAUGACAACAGGUGAAAAAACACCAGCUUAGAAACACGGACCAAUAACGAAGCAAAAUGGCUACAGUGACUUUCACUUCACUUCUGCUGAUUUGUGUCUUGGUAACAUACACGUCGGGUGCUAGUUCGGAUAUUGGUUUUAAUGGAAAGAACAAACUUUUAGACGCCCUUUUAAGGACUAUUCAGAAAACGUGCAAAAUUUAUCCCGCGAAAAAAGAUAUUUACGAAAAUCUGAAACAGAUGGAAGCCGAUAGGGGCACCAUGAUGUACGAGUUUCAUUUCUCCAUGUUUAAUUACACAGAUGACCCUUUGACCAUAAUGUACGACCAGUUGGCUUAUAAACCAGGGAAAUGGUUCAGAACCAAAACUCAACAUGGCCGAACUCUACUUAUGUUGUCAUUUCAUUACGAUAUCCUUUCUAUGUCAAUAUUAAAAAUUGGAGUCGAAAAGAUUCCCAUUGUUAUCAAAGAUGAACCAUUCGGGUGCUUUAACAACUUGACGUCUGCGAAACGCAUGGAACUGAUAUAUGAAAUGUUACUGGAUAAUUUCCAAGUCGGUAAAGCGACUAAAACCGGAACUGAUCGGAGUGAUUACGUGUGUCAUUUAGUCAUCAGAAAUAAUACCGGAUAUGCGGAGUUUGUGAAUGCGUGUUGUUCAAAAGAAGAAGGUGUCAUCACAUGUUCAGAUCAGCUGGACGACAAAUGGAUUACACUCUUAUAUUUAUCCAUAACUUUGGUCAAAUUUCUUAUGUUUUUAUUCUUUCCGCUGUUUAUGCCAACAAAUAUGUACAGUGCGGUUUACGUGGCGUCGGAAUACGUCGUAAAGUUGAAGAAAGCUUUAAAAAUGACGUUACUGAUAACGGAAAAGACGGAUUGUCACGUUAAAUUCAAGAAACGAUUAACUUUAGAGGAUGUGUCAAACUUUUGGAGAUUUCGUGAAAAAUUGGACGAACUACCAACAGAUGAGAUAAUUCCAAUUAAAAUGGAGGAAAUCAGAAUAACGGUGAAAGGGAAACGGAUCAUUCCCGAAAAUGAACCUCCAACUGGCCUACUCCGAACUGCUUACGACAAUUUAGUGCGAUGUAAAAUAAAGGGCCUGGAACCUUUCAAUGAAUGUUGUGAUCUGAGUGUGUUUGCUUCUCUUGAAAACAGUUUUAAACAUAAACUUACGUGGCACUCUUGCAUGCAGAUGUUUGUUAAGUGUAUGAUGCUAUUUAUGGUGCCUAUACCAUUUUAUGUUCGUUUGUUUAUAUACUACAAGUUUGAGCAUGACGAAAUGGUGCAAAGACGACUUGCCAUAAAGGAGGUUCAUUUACAAGAACAAUUCAAUUAUUACAGAACUAAUCUCAUGCAGUAUUUUACGCCCACACACGGACUCUUUAUCGCCGCGUACUGUUUCUACUUUCUAUCGGGGUUGGUAAUUGGCUUCUCUGAUCAGCAAGUGAGAGACAAGCUAAAAUCAAUCGCCAGAUCCGCUCUACAAGACAUGUCAAACGUGUCUCAAGUCGGGGUUAUCCAGGUUGUGCUACGUAUUGGAUUAUGGCCGUUUAGAAAGUGUGGAUUGUUAGCAAUUUUGCUGAUACCUCUGUAUAUCGGCAUAACAGCACCGUUCACUAUUAUAACGUUCGCUUUAUACUGCAUCCCCAUCGUUUAUAUUUCAUACCGGAUUGUGUUCCAAUCCUGGAAACAGAUUGGUGAGAAUACGCCUCUUCAAGAAGAGAAAAAACUACGUUUUGAGAAACUGAAAAAGAUACAUCGUCGCUUAUCGCGAAUGGACAUGGCGGUGCAUAAUAUUACGGAACCGACGGAAGAAGAAACUUGUUGUCCGUCUACAGGGGGAUUUAGUAUGUGUUAUACAAUUCGAACUGUGUUUUUACAAUUUGUCACCGGUGCAUUCUGUUUGUGUGUUCUCUAUGCCUUGGCCCUGAUAUUCGCUGAGUCCAUAGGUCUGUUGGUGGAGGUACUGGCCUUUACCAUGAUGGGAAUUAUCGUGAAUGCGAGUAGCACUUUAAAAUACGUUACCAUGGUUUUGCUCGUGUUUGUAUACAUGCACGACUGUUACAAUAACGUGUACGAGAAUUAUCUACAGUUUAAUAAAACCAUUAUCGAAGACAUGAUAGACAGAGUGGAUGAUUUACGAAAGAUCGCUAGUCUCCCGUCCAGCAUGCAGGAGAAUGCCGGGUUCCAGGUUAAGACCAUGGCUGAAGAUCCACCUGUUAAAACUAAACUCAACUUUACUAAAGGUGAGGUUCGGUGGACGAUCGGACAGCUUCUCUUAUUCUUGGAUUCCCACGACACUCCGAGAAUCCCGUUGCGCCUGUUUAAGAAACUAUGCGAGGUCCGAGUGCACGGAGCUCCAGGGCCGGUUUAUCUGAAUCUCCUGCGAGCCACCGGCAAAUUCCUCAUCAUCGUCGUCUUUCUCUUGUUUGUGAUGAUUGUUGUCAUGGCAUUUGGAAAUGUUCAUAAAAUCUCAUCCACAAAUCAAACUUUGGCCACAUUAGCCGGUGGUUUCGUCCCCAUGCUGCUGAAGAAUGUGCUGUCGUCGAAGUCCGUGAAGCUCAGUCUUAAGACAAUCAGUUUUAAAGGUCAAAUUGACGAAAUCAUCACAGAUUAUAAACAACACUGGCCAGUGACUGAUAUCAUUUUUGAGAAGGAUGAGCCAGAAGAAGAGGGAGAAGCCGGGGAAAAUGGCGACGACAAAGAUAAAGAUAAUGAUAAUGAUAAAGAUAAGGACAAGGGUAAGGAUAAGGAUAAGGAUAUUGGCGGGGAAAAAGAAACAAAGGGAGAUAAGAAAGAAGACAAAUCCGCUGAGGAAAAGGAAAAAGACUCGAAAGAGGUUGAAAAGAAGCCGAAUGGAAAAAUCAGAUUCUCAGACGAAAUAGAAUCCGACUCAAAAUCAGAUAUAAAACAACCAGGGGCCGGUAGGACACCAUUUGAUCCGGAAAAUGAAGUUGUUGACCUUUUUAUAGAUCUGAGUGUGGCUGAUGCUAUUGGGGGAUGGUCGAUGUUUGGCUCAACGGAAAGUUUGCCAUCAGAUACAAUGAUGCCUUCAUAUUUCCACCAGAGCGACCCGAUGCCGCCGCCGCCAUCUUAUAAUUCUAUCGAAUCACCGGCUUGAGCUGAAAACUGUGGUCACUGAUCGUCGGUAUAAUUACCAGCUGAGAUCGGUUAUCUCCCCUACUGAAAAAAAAAGGGUAUUUGGCGAAUGUGUGUUCAAAUACAACCGUCAGAUAUCACGGUUGGUUUAGACACUGUUAUAGAACGAGCUAGCUAUCGGUGGUGUAGGUGGUUGGUUUAUCAGAAUUCGAUAAUGCUGAUUUUUGUUCAACCCUAAGAGGAGGAUUUUUUUGUUUAUAAAUGUGCAUGUGAUACGAAUGUAUUACAUAUUUUGGGCAUUACUUUGUAAACCGCAGUGUUGAAAGAACACAACGUAAAAUAGUUUUGGUGUACAUUUUCUUCUCUGUAUUGCAAACUGGUUAGUCUUAAAUGAAGGAUAUCCUACAUUAUUUUCGCCGAAACGUCGCACUUAGUAAUAAACAAUAAUUGUAUUCCAUAGAAUUAUGCCCUGUAUUUCUCAUUGUCUUAGUUGCUUGUUCUGUUUGUUUAUUUGGAUUAUUGCGUGCCAUAAAUUCUAUACAUUAAAUGAGUAAAUAGCAUCCAAUGGCAUUGAAAGUUCAUUAUAGACUUGUCAUUUGAAUAAAUGUCUAAAUAAUUAUUUAUAUAUCUCUUACAUAAAACAUUUUGAAAGAACCACGAAGUGACGGGAUAUCGGUCCUUCACCCUUCUGGGUCUUAUACUAAAUAUGGGGUCUCCAUAUCAACUCUCUUUCACCACUGACACGGUGAAAUCGGACUGGAAAAUCCUAGGAAGUUUCUCGACCGAAACCGGGAUCGAGUCCUUGGAUCACCUGGUAAGUCAUCCAGUGUCUUAUUUAACAAUCCACUGUGAUCCCUUGAACUUAACAACCCACUGUCGUCCCUUGAACUUAACAACCCACUGUGAUCCCUUGAACUUAACAACCCACUGUGAUCCCUUGAACUUAACAACUCACUGUGAUCCCUUGAACUAAACAACCCACUGUGGUCACUUGAACUAAACAAUACAGAUCGUACCCAGUACUGUAGCUAACACACUGCUCACGUCCCUUUAAUUGAACAUUUUUACCUUGCAGUUGUUUUUUUUUAUACUAAUUUUUUUUUUACUGAAUACUUGUAUUGUUAAAUUGACUACGGCAUCAAAUACAUGAUUUAACUAAAAGAAAUAUAUGUAUCAUUUUUACCUUGUAAAUGUAUUUUUUUUUUAAUGCUGAGUUCUUUUUUAAUGAAUACAUGAAUUGUUAAAUUGACUAAGAUAUUUAAAAAUACAUGUUCCAAAUGAAAGAAAUGUAAUAUAGAUAAUUUAGGGGUUUUUUUUAACAUGCCAUGCAUAUAGAUAUAUAACAUCUUUUACAUUGUUGUUCGUUCUACAUUCCGAUUUUCUUUCUACUGGAUACUAUAUGUUAAACUGAGAAAUGAAAUGAAAUGAAAUGGGGUUUAACGUCCUACUGUUCUGCUCCUAACCUGGGCUAAUGAAGAUGGUGUUAAACUGAGGAAAACGUCAAAUACAUGUUUUGAUUGAAAGAAAUGUAAUUUUUUUUUCUUCAGAUUUGAAUAAUUUUGCUUAUUAGAAAUGGGCAUGUAAAUGAGAACGGAGAAUAUUCCAUGUACAUAUACAUGCGUUCUUUUUUUAUGCGUGUCUUAAGUUUUAGCUUUUAAUGGAAAGUGACUGAAAAAAACUGAGAAUUACCCUCAAAAUGUGGGACUUUCUGGUACUCGCAUUUUGAUCAACUUUUAGGAUAUCAUGCAGUACAAAGUAUAACCAAAUCUACCAUAAACUAUCAUAAAAAGCUUUCUUGCAAUUCUUAGGGGUUGACUUCCUAUUUUUCAUAAAUUGACUCAACUAUUAUAAUUGUGUUUACAUUAAAGCCACUGGUCGUGAUUUGCAUUUGUCGGACGUAAUCUUAUUUUUCUCGAUUUAUUCCUCGAUAAAACAUAUUUAGCACUUCCGUUUUCAUUUUCCCAGUCGAUGCAGAAAGGUGGGGCGUUAAAUCGCAUUUCAUUUUAUUUAUUUAGCAUUUAACUGGUUUAACUGGGAACACAAAACUAAAAUAUCAAGAGUAGGUAAUCUUUCAGCUUGAAUCCAGUCGGGUUUAAAGAGACCCAUCAAAAGAUUUUACCCCAAAUAGGUUGACCUUGUGUGUUUAUAUUGUCCGAGGGGGUGGGGGGGUGGAUGGCCGAAUGGUUAGCACGUGCGCGCUGUAUCAUAAGGCCUGUCAUUGAGUCAACUGGCGUGGUUUCGAAUCCCCGGUUGUACGUGACAAGGAUUAGGGACGCCUGUCCAGCCUCGUGGGUUUUCUUCGGGUCCUCCGGUUUCCUCCCACUGCUAAAGACCCCUACGCGCAAGUGAAUUAUUGAAAUAAAUUAAAAACCAUAUGCUAGUCCCAAAAUGACCUAGUUUGUGUCGAGUGGACGUUAAACCCCAUUUCUCCCCCUCUCUCUCUCUCUCUCUCUCUCUCUCUCUCUCCCUCUCUCUUUAUAUUGUCCGAAUGUUGGGACAUUUUAAAUUCAUCAUAUCUUGAUAGAUAGUUAACAGAUUUGAAUCGUUGGGGCGGGGUGGUGGGGGGGUGGUAUUCGUGAAACGGAUUUAUAAUAUUGUAGUUUACAAAUGGCGAUCAGUUUCUUUUUACUGAGUAAUGUUAAAUUGGCGGGAACAAUUGUCCUCAAUGACAUAGAAUAAGUUAUUGUGGAAUGUGCUUUUGUGUCCAAUGUAUGUUAAUUUUUUUGUUAUUUUGUGAAAACAGAUAACGUCAAGCUGUGAAGAAGAUCGUCUAUUUGUUUGUAUAUAAUUAUAAAAGACAUCGUGUAUUGUAAUUGUUGACAUUUUUUCUAAUAAAAACAGGUGUUCA